GCAUUCCACCUGUCGACCACCUGUCUCUGUGCCAUCUGCCCCCAAACCCGCCCUCGCCGAUGGCGACAUGGCACCUAGCGCUCGCGAUCUCGGUGGGCCUGGCGCCAUCCGUCCGAAGUCUUUGCCUCCGUGAUGGCCUCGCGGAGUCGAAGCGUUUGUACCUCAAGGACUCGGCAGGGGAGGAGAACCCGAUCUCUUUGAUCCAGUAUGACUGGGCCUCCGCAGAUGCGGCGACCAUGCUCGCAGAGAUUUUGAUCCCAGAAGUGUUGGGAUACCACGUCGUGAAGGAUACUCAGGCCACGGUGAGCAUUUUUGAAGGCGUUCUAAAGCUCGCUGGCUGUAGCAGUGCGAACUGUUCGGUCACCAUGCGCCCGCAACACGUGGCGUUGGAGACCUGGCUAGCGGAAGCCAUCACACUCUUUCAGGAGUUUGAGGAGAACCAUGCGGCUCGAGCGCCGGAAGAUCUUGGCUCGAUGGGAUACAACGGUGAUCACUACCUCUUUGUGAAAGGAUCCAUCCGGGACCAGGCCUACUCCGAUGCCGGCCUUGCGCUCGACUUCUACAAGAGCUACAACACCACCUUUCACUUCCCCCAGAAGUACUUCGACAGGCUCGAAAGCUUUGAUCGGAGACAUUUCUUUCGAUGCGACCUCGAGGGCCUAGAGUUUCGGAAUGCUUUGAGGAUGAGGGAUUAUGUCCGUUGGACUGGAGAUUUGGAUGGCGUCAUCGAGCUUGGCCCUGGGCAAUAUGUCGCUCGAUGCGCGGACGACUAUUUUUGGCUGUCGCCCUCUUGUCGGCAAAACAGCUCCACGUGCAUCCCACUGCUGGCGGCGGGGAAUGGUUGGAUCGUCGAUGCCAUGAUGCAGUGGUCCGCGGCCUAUGGUUUCCCUGUGGCCAUUGGCAUCGCAAAGGACUGGGGCACCUUUGUGUCGACUGUGUGGUCGACCAAGGCGCUCUUCUACUGGUGGAUGCCCGAUGCGACCUUCCUGCCAUUGGAUCCCUCGUACAUUGUGCUUCCACCUCACAGCCCUUCCGAGUGGGCACAGGGGAACCUUCGCACUGCGGGGAACCAGAACUACAUCACCAAACUGGUGAGCUCCAUCUUGCGCACCGCUGCACCCUCGGUGCGGCAGUUCCUGCAAAAUUUCAAGUUGGAGUUGGGCGAUAUGACGCAGCUGCUGUCAGAGGCGGCCAACGGCAGGUCGAUGUAUGACGUAGCCUGUGAGUGGGUCCUGGCCAACCGCGAGCGGUGGGCCAAAUGGGUCCCGGUGGACACCAACUGCAUCGCAGGCUUCGGUCUGGCGGACGCGCGGAACGAGCACGUGGCCCUGCGGGCAGUGGCCACCGGCUGUGCGCUGUGUGGCCCGGGGAUGUUCUCGGAGGCGCUGGUGGAUGACUUCGGCGAAACCUAUCGCUGUGUCCCAUGUCCUGCAGGAAGUCAUCAAGAUUCCUCGGGCCAGGCCUCCUGUGCCCUUUGCGAGCCCGGGACGGUGGCCUUGUUCGCUGGUGCGGUGACCUGUGCGAAAUGCGACCUGGGAAGCUAUGCGAAUUCGUCGAGGGUUUCCUUCAUUCGAUGUUCCUCCCUCAGUCCUGGACAUCGACCCAUCUCCUCUACAUCGAGGAGUGGCAUGACCGCUUGUGAUCAGUGUGGCAAUGACACCAUGUGGACCACGAGUCGCUCCUUGCUUGUCAGAGGUCAGAGCACCUGGCUUCAACUGGAAGGCGCCACAUCUGAAAACGACUGCCAUUGUGCAGAGGGAUACUUCUUGCACCGCAACCAGUGCAAAGUUUGCAUCGAAGGCUCGCGCUGUGCGGGCUCGAACGCGUUGGAGCUCCUGCCGGGCUUUUUUGCUUAUCAGGAGGAGCCCGGCAUGGUCUACAAAUGCUUCGGACAACCGGAGCGCUGCCCCGGUGGCCCGCCGGGCAUCUGUGCAGCUGGUCGGGACCCAACGAGCAUUGGGUGUAGCCAGUGCUUGGACCAGCUGCAGCCCAAGGGUGGCGAGUGCCAAGCUUGUACCGGUGGAGAUUACCUUUUGCUCGUGGUUUUUGGCAGUAUGGUGAUCAUCAGCACCGGUGGUUUGCAUGUUCUGCUGGUGAUCUCGGAUCAAUCCAACGGCAACCAGCGCAGCGCGCUCUUUACGGCCGCGUUGAGCAUUGGCCAAUUGGUGACUUGUGCUCAGCUCUUUGGGAUCAUGCAGCAGUUGCAGAUCAACUGGGCUGAACCUUUCCAAGUGUUGUUGGACAUCUUCGACGUCAUCUCCCUGGAUGCGCUCCUGAGCUCCAUCAACGUGCUGGGCUGCGUCACCCGCGUCACGCCCGAGCUCGAGUACCUGAUCCGAUCCUUACUGCUGCCCUUCUUCUUCCUCGUGGGUCCCAUUUUGGCUCACGUCAACGUGGUCUACAUCAUGUGGAAGGCAGGUCGAGGUAGGGAUCUCAAACUCUCUUUGCUUUGGAAGACCUUGGGCCUAUUCUCAUUGAUCUUCUUCAUCACCUUAUGCUCCUCCUUCUUGAAGCCUUUCCGCUGCAACCUGCAUCCGAAUGGCUUGAGAACCCUGCAAGACUCGCACAGCGUGCUUUGCGACUUCUCUGGAUCUCACCUCAGCUUAUGCCUCAUCGGCGGUGUGGUUUGCCUGCUGCCGCUGAGCUAUUUGGCCAUCAGCAUUUGGGUCAUCCUUAUCGAGCUCCCCAAGCGCAUGGUGGCUGCGGACGUCCAUUUUGUCCGUGCCUGCUCCUUCCUGGUGAUGCGCUUCAACCCCGGGCAGGAGAUUUUCACGGUGCUCUUCCUGCUGCGGAACGUGCUCAUUGUGAUGGCGCCCUUGUUGCCUUCCGCCUCUGGAAGUCUUUUUCUCAUGGCCUUCUUGCUGGUGGUGAGCUUCGGGAGCGUCGCCUACUGCAAGCCCUGGCGAUCGGUGCUAGGCACCCAGGUGGAUAUGGUGGUGCAUAUGGCUUUGCUGUUGAUCUUGCAGAUGGGCGCGCUUGCCGUGACGGAUGUGCAGGAGCAGGUGACAAUGAUCAUUUGCACAGCUUGUGCCGCCUGCAUGAUUGUGACCAUCAUCUGGGCGGCGGCCCAGUCGGCUGCACGCCACAUCCUGUCCAAACUUCACAAGAGAUUUCACUUCUUCCUUUGCCACCACAAGGCCUCCACAGCCUCUUGGGCCCGGCUCCUGAAGAUGGAGUUGCUCCACCGGGGCCCGUCCUUCACGGCCUUUUUGGACUCGGACAAUCUCACGGACCUCACUCAGCUCUUCGCCUACGUGAGCCACGACGUGAAGACCCUGGUCGUGUUGGGCUCCAGCCGGAUCUUGACACGGAAGUGGUGCAUGGGGGAGAUGGUGGUGGCAAGGCUGGAGAAAGUGGACACAGUGCUGUUGAGCUUCCCAGGCUUUGAGCUUCCAGAUGAGCAGUUCAUCCAACGUUAUCAGAAACUCAUCCCGGACAUUGGUGACUUUGCCAGCUAUGGCUUUGGCAUGUUGGAGGUGAAAGACACCCUGCACUGGUUGAGCACCGUCAAGACCCUUCCAGUCAGCCAGGACUUCUCUUGGGAUGGUUUGAACUACAUCAUCAACCAGUUGACCAACACCUAUGUGAAGCUUCCAGUGAGCUCGGAGAAGACGGACUGCUAUAUCUUGGCUGAUCCGGUCAACAUGGAGGCCAUCUCUACGGGAUACAUUUUGGCGAAGCUGAUCACGCCGAUGAUCAUGGGCUCAAGGGAAUCGCUGCCGGUGGUGCUCUCCUCCUCCUCUCACCACCUCCCCCAUGCAGGCCAUGGCCAAGACAAGAUGCAUGUGAUCUUGGUCUGCACCGGUGGAUGUUUGUCAUCACCGCAGCUGGCGCAGUGGAUCAUGCAGGUGCGUUUCAUGGCGAACUGCUUCGUGGCGCCGGUGAUCUCAGACGACUACUUCCAGAUCCCUUCGCCGCUCAACAUCCGCCAGCUGAUCGGCCAGCCCAGCCUGCAACACUUGGACCGCUCCGCCUACGCCCACGUGUUGAACGCGAUCUUCUUGGAGAUUGCUCUGCCCUUCAUGCCUGGGUCCGCGUCCGCGGAUGAUUUGACCGUGCGUGCCACGCAGAUUAUGAGCCGUUUGGAGCCGGGUGCGUCGACGACCUUGAGCUCAAGAUUGGUGAUGGUGCAAGCCGAGAUGGGUGAAGGCCUUUGGAGUGGAAUCGAAAGCUCCGAGGAGCCCGACGAGGACUCGGUCAGCAACAACGCGCGUGGCAGCUGGACCCUCACGCCCGGCCGCUACCCCUCGGAGAUUGUGGACACGGAGCCCGCCCAGCUGCAGGAGUAUUUGAACAUGUUGAAUUCAGAGACUGUGAGUCGAGCUUUCUGAGAGCGAGCAAGAAGCUAAGUCCUUCCGACUCGGACUCAGAUACCUCGAAGAUCGCACUGUACCUUGAAGAUCGCAGUGGAG